CGCAAUAAUUUCUUGUCACCUGUAUCAGGGACUUAAUAAAUGAAGAGAGCUUAAACCCUUUAUUCCUCGCUCUCGCUCUCGCUCUCUCUCUUCGUCGCUUGGUUAAUUUCCAUCGUUACUUUUUCUUUCUCCUCUUCGAUUUCCAUCCUCGAUCGCCAUGGGGAAGAUCAAGCUCGGCAUCAACGGGUUUGGGAGGAUCGGUAGGUUGGUGGCGAGGGUGGCGCUCCUGAGCGACGAUGUGGAGCUCGUGGCCGUGAAUGAUCCCUUCAUCACCCCCGAGUACAUGACGUACAUGUUCAAGUAUGAUACAGUACAUGGUAAAUGGAAGCACCAUGAGAUCAGCGUGAAGGACGAUAAGACUCUUCUCUUCGGCAAGAAACCAGUCGCUGUUUUUGGCAUUAAGAAUCCUGAGGAGAUCCCAUGGGCCGAGACCGGUGCCGAGUAUAUCGUGGAGUCUACCGGUGUCUUCACAGAGAAAGAGAAGGCUGCUGCUCAUCUCAAGGGUGGCGCCAAGAAGGUGAUCAUCUCUGCUCCAAGCAAGGAUGCUCCCAUGUUUGUGGUUGGCGUGAAUGAGAAAGAGUACAAGUCUGACAUUAAUAUUGUCUCAAAUGCUAGCUGCACCACUAACUGUCUUGCUCCCCUAGCCAAGGUUAUUCAUGAUAAAUUUGGCAUCGUUGAGGGUUUGAUGACCACAGUUCACUCCAUCACUGCCACUCAGAAGACUGUAGAUGGCCCAUCUAGCAAGGACUGGAGAGGUGGUCGUGCUGCUAGUUUUAACAUCAUCCCCAGCAGCACUGGUGCUGCCAAGGCCGUUGGCAAGGUGCUUCCGGCUUUGAACGGCAAAUUGACUGGUAUGUCUUUCCGUGUUCCAACUAUCGAUGUGUCCGUCGUGGAUCUCACUGUGAGACUUGAGAAAGGAGCUACCUAUGAUGAGAUUAAGGCUGCUAUCAAGGCGGAGUCCGAGGGGAAACUCAAAGGAAUAAUUGGUUAUGUUGAGGACGACUUGGUUUCCACGGACUUCAUUGGUGACAGCAGGUCGAGCAUUUUCGACGCCAAGGCUGGUAUUGCUUUGAACAAGAACUUCGUCAAGCUCGUUGCUUGGUAUGACAAUGAAUGGGGCUACAGUUGCCGCUGCGUGGACUUGGUCCGCCACAUGCACAGCGUUGCCUAAACUACUUUGUGUGAUAUGGGUUGCCACCCUUCGAUAGUUGGUGUUAUCUGUGUUUAUAUGAAAGAAAUAAAUGUCGAAGCCGAUAAUGCGUCGUGGCUUUAGUCCCGGUACGCUGAUUAUAUGAGCUCCCUGUUUUGUUGUCAGAGUUAAUGUUGGAUCUAUAAACAUGAAGCCUGCAUGUUUCACUUAUGUGUUUUGCGUCCUACUAAGUUUUGGAUGUUAUGUAUGAUGUUAUCUCUCUCUCUCUCUCUCUCUUGUAGUAUCUUUGUUGAUGCUUGUUUUGUAGAAGUACUGUGGCUUUUAGUAAA